UCCGUGUGGUCCAGGCCGCUGAGUUUGACAUCGUCCACGCGCUGGUUACGGCGGCCGCAGGUGUUGCCGUAGCUGUCGUAGCCGAACACAAGCCGGGCUGCGCCGCCGGUGACCACCGUGAAGGCACACACGCUCCCCUGGGGCACAGGAAGUACACCGCACGCUGUCAGUGCAGCUGAUGUUUAUCUAUGUUAGCAUGAUCUAUGACGAGGAUGUGUUACCAUGCCGACACAGAAGAUGAUGAAGAGCAGGAACCAGGGCAGAACACACAAGAUGCUUUUCUUUCAAGAAUUUUCUACCUUCAACCUGAAGUGAACGUGCUGCUGAGGCCGCUUGGACUCCAUGUCGAUGGACCGGUCCUGGGGGAGACGGACAAGGCCUUUAAGAGUCCAGCAAAGACCUGUAACGACUUGGAAAGUCCUGGAGAGCCCCGCGCAGUCCUGGUGGUCCUGAGAGAAUGAGGACUGCAGUGAUGUGCUUCUGAUCACACACAGAGACCUUUUGUCCUUUUGUUUACUGUUGUACCAGGCUGUGUGUGUAUAUGUGUGUGUGUGUGUGUGUGUGUGUAAACAGUACAUUCAUUUUGUUGAGCAAAACACUUUCCUUUUGUAUCUCAUUAGAAGUAAAUCAUUGAUCAUCACGUGGGACGAUAACGUUGCAUGAUUACUGUAUCAUUUCAGCAAAUUAAUCAACCUGCCAAAUGUGUAAACCUUGAGUAGCGCUCCCUCUUGUGGCAGGAAGGAAACAUGUCAUAGCCUUUGACCUUUGUCUUGACGUGAGGGGUGGCUGACACUGCAAAUUUUGUGGUAUCGACCCAAUACCAAGUAAGUACAGGCCGGUGUUGCCGAAACAGAUACUUUUUGGGUGAAAUUUUUAAAAAGAGUUAAUGUUUUUCAUGAUUAUAAUCAGACUUGAUGACUUGAGUUUUUAGAUUAAGAUUUCAAUAUAUUUUAGUUUUUAAGUACCAGUUUGGACACUGUUUAAGCACCGCCACUGUUUCAAGACUGUCAAUUUGUCACCAGUAUCGAUUAAUAUGUAAACGAGCCCACCAAAGUAGGGACUAUCGGCCGACAUUGGCAUAAAAAUGAGAUAUCGACUUGUAUUGGUACUGGCUCUUCUGACGAUAAUGAUGAGACUGCCAAUAUGGAGCAUCUCCAUACUAAAGUCAAGUCUUCAGCAAUGUCGAAAUUUUUCUGCACAUACCAGCACCAUUAUGAUGAUGGUGAUGUUGAUGUUGAAAGAUAAGUCGUGUGUAAGGGGAGUAGGGGUGUGUCUCAAUCAAUUUGAAUAAUUUUGAAAAGUUAAUUAUUGCAAUAAUUAAUAGUUAAUUUCAUAGCGUUAAUUAAAAAAGUCACACUCUUAUAUUCUGUAGAUUCACUACGCACAAUACAUAAAAUAUUUCAAGAGUGUAUUUCAUCAUCUUGACGAUUGCAGUUUACAGCUCAUAAGGAAAUAGCCCAAACGUUCCAUAUUGUAAACUAGUCUAAUCGGCACAUGGACUGCAAAAACGUCCUGAGCCUUUAAUUAGUUCGCAUUCAACAUCUGAAAUUAAACAAGUUUUCAAAUGUAUUCUAAUUUAUUGACAUGGACCUUUAGUUUUAUUUCUUACUAUAUAUUUGCAGUUUUCUGUGCGUUGGAGCUUUCUUUUAUUUUGAAGGAGUACGCCGUUAAGCGACCGGACGUGAGCCCCCAAGGUUCACGGGCAGCUCAAGACCGGAAGUGCUGUGAGCAGCAAUUUUUUUUUUACACAGCACAAGUAUACGACAUUUACAAAAGUAGGAUCAAGUUGUUCCUUCGAUGAUUAAUUAUUUAUUUGCCAAUUGAAAAUUACAUUUUCUCUUAAAAGACAAUAUAAAGUAAAAAUUGGUUAAACAACGCGUUGUGACCAGUAGGUAUUCGCGUGAAUAGAUGGGCGUUCUUGUCUUAUUUUGAAGGUCCGGACAAAAGCAGCAUAUUUGCUAACAACUGCUGGACGCCGGUAACUUUACUUCUAAAGUUAGGGGAGCUCCGCUUGUUGUUGGCAUAAGCGGAAAGAAGACGAAGCACGUACGGACAGAACAGCAAUAGCGACAACAACGGCAGUCUCGACGUGUGCUGGCGGUUAAACGCUCCUCCUGAGCCGCGUCCUCACAUUCUGCGGGCGACAUGUACGACUGGACUCAGCUGGCUCUGCUGCUCUGGAAGAACUUCACGUACCGACGACGACAGACGCUCCAGCUGCUGGUGGAGAUCGUGUGGCCGCUCUUCAUCUUUUUCAUCCUCAUCGCCGUGCGCCUUAGUUACCCACCCUACGAGCAACAUGAAUGUCAUUUCCCCAACAAAGCCAUGCCCUCGGCCGGCACGUUGCCAUGGAUACAGGGCAUCCUCUGCAACGCCAACAAUCCAUGCUUCCGCAGCCCAACGCCGGGAGAGUCUCCGGGUGUCGUCGGCAAUUUCAACGACUCCAUAAUCUCUCGUCUCUUCUCGGACGCCAAGAAGAUUCUUCUGUACAGUCAGAACGACAAAAACCUGGACGGGUUUAAGGAGCUGGCUCGGGCCCUUCGAGCGCUACAGAGUAGCAGGUCAGGCUUCAAGUUGAAGCACUUCCUGCGAGAUGAUGAGACUUUGUCCACCUUCCUGUUGCGGAACGCCACCUUCCCUCCAUCUGUCGUGGAUCACAUUCUGAAGGCCAAUGUGGACUUGGAGAAGGUCCUCCUCAGAGGGUUUGGGGUCCACCUGCGGGACACAUGUCCUCGAAAGGCGGGCGGGCGGAGUGUGGAGGAAUUUGUGAAUAUCUCGGACCCACUGGCCUCCAUGAUGGUACAGGAAGUGGUGUGUCGUGCUCCUGUUGUGUGGCUGAACCGGGCCGAGCAGAAAUUCCUGGACAAUGUGGAUUUCUUCAAACCUCUCCUGACGGACGUCAGAUCUGACCCCGAAGCUGUCAAGGAGGUUGCUACGGCAACCAACAAGCUACUGGACAGUCUGGGCUUGCUGGCCGUGGAGCUGGCUGGCAUGAAGAGCUGGAUGGACCUGAGGAAGGAGAUCAUCUUCCUGACGCAAAACGCCACGUCGUCGCCCAGCGCCAUGUACCAGGCAGUGUCACGCAUCGUGUGCGGUCACCCGGAAGGCGGCGGCCUACAGAUAAAGUCUCUCAACUGGUAUGAGGACAGCAACUACAAAGCUCUCUUUGGAAACCACAACAGCAGUGAGGACGAACCCGCCACGCUCUACGACAAUUCUUCCACUCCAUACUGUAACAGUCUGGUGAGCAGCAUGGAUUCCAAUCCCAUGUCCAGGAUGAUUUGGGAAGCUGUGAAGCCGCUGCUGAUGGGGAAAAUCCUCUACACUCCCAUCACCCCCGCCACUCAGAGGGUCAUUCAUGAGGUGAAUCGAACAUUCCAGGAGCUGGGCGUGUUCAGGGACUUGGGGGGAAUGUGGGAGGAGAUGAGGCCCAAAGUUUGGAACUUCCUGGAGAACAGCGAGCAGAUUAACCUGAUCCGGAGCCUGCUGAAAAGCAAUGUGACAGCCACCUACUUCAACGCUCAUUUGGCCAACACCGACUGGACUGUGUCCGACCUCUCCAACUUCCUGUCCAGGCACGCUGACUACCAGCGGCUACCGAGCAACACCAUCACCUGGAGAGACGUCUUCAACGAGACCGACCAGGCCAUCACCGGCAUUUCUCGCUUCAUGGAGUGUGUGAAUCUGGACAAACUGGAGCCUGUUGCCACUGAGGAGCACCUGGUCAACGAGUCCAUGGUUCUGCUGGAAGAUAGGAAGUUCUGGGCUGGGAUUGUCUUUCCGGACAUUGCUGUAAACGCCACUGACCUGCCGCCCAAUAUCAGCUACAAAAUCCGCAUGGACAUUGACAACGUGGAGCGGACCAAUAAGAUCAAAGAUGCGUACUGGGACCCGGGUCCUCGCGCAGACCCCUUUGAGGAUAUGCGCUACAUAUGGGGCGGAUUCUCCUACCUGCAGGACGUCAUCGAGCAGGCCAUUAUCCGAGCCAUGACCGGCACCAAGGAGAAGACAGGCGUCUACAUCCAGCAGAUGCCGUACCCGUGCUACGUCGACGACAUCUUCCUGCGGGUGAUGAGUCGCUCCAUGCCACUCUUCAUGACCCUGGCCUGGAUGUUCUCUGUGUCCAUUAUCCUGAAGAGCGUGGUGUACGAGAAGGAGGCCCGUCUAAAGGAGACCAUGAGGAUCAUGGGAUUGGACAAUGGCAUCCUGUGGUUCAGCUGGUUCAUCAGCAGCUUGAUUCCUCUGCUCAUCAGCGCCGGACUCCUGGUGCUGCUGCUCAAGAAAGGAAACCUGUUGCCGUAUAGUGACCCUGGCGUGGUCUUUCUCUUCCUGGCGUCCUUUGCCGUGGUGACCAUCAUGCAGUGUUUCCUCCUCAGCACCGCGUUUGCCCGAGCAAAUUUGGCUGCCGCCUGCGGAGGAAUCAUUUACUUCACGCUCUACUUGCCCUAUGUACUCUGUGUGGCCUGGCAGGACCACAUCGGGUUUGGUGCCAAAGUCUUUGCCAGCCUCCUGUCCCCUGUGGCUUUUGGGUUCGGCUGCGAGUACUUCGCUCUGUUUGAAGAGCAGGGGGUUGGCAUUGAGUGGAAGAACCUGGUGGAUAGUCCCCUGGAGGAAGACGACUUUAGCCUUCGUACUGCCAUCAUCAUGAUGUACUUUGACUCCUUCCUGUAUGGAGUCCUCACCUGGUACAUCGAGGCCGUCUUUCCAGGUCAGUAUGGGAUUCCUCGGCCCUGGUACUUCCCCUUCACCAGGUCCUACUGGUUUGGAGACAAGGAUGGCAAGUCCAACAAAAUCCCUCUGAAGCACAAAGGAAACGCCAGCGUGGUGUGCAUGGAGGAAGAGCCGGCUCAAGUGGACCCCGGUGUCUACAUUGAGAACCUGGUAAAGGUGUACCGCCACGGGAAGAAGCUGGCAGUGGACGGACUGACGCUUGGCUUCUAUGAGGGGCAGAUCACCUCUUUCUUGGGACACAACGGCGCGGGAAAGACCACCACCAUGUCCAUCCUCACCGGUUUGUUCCCACCAACCUCCGGGACAGCCUACAUUCUGGGUCGAGACAUCCGCACAGACCUGAGCGCCAUCCGUCAGAGUCUCGGCGUCUGUCCUCAGCACAACGUCCUCUUCAGCAUGCUGACGGUGGAGGAGCAUAUCUGGUUCUACGCUCGACUCAAAGGCUUGUCUGAGGAGCAAGUCAAAGGCGAGAUUGAGCAGAUCCUGCUGGACACCGGCCUACCGCACAAACGCAAGUCCAAGACCAGCACACUGUCCGGCGGCAUGCAGAGGAAGCUGUCUGUGGCGCUGGCCUUUGUUGGGGGGUCAAAAGUUGUGAUCUUGGAUGAGCCCACGGCUGGAGUGGAUCCUUAUGCCCGAAGAGGGAUCUGGGAUUUGCUGCUGAAGUACAGACAGGGACGCACCAUCAUCCUGUCCACUCACCACAUGGAUGAGGCUGACAUCCUGGGGGACCGCAUCGCUAUCAUCUCGCAUGGGAAGCUGUGCUGCGUCGGAUCGUCGCUCUUCCUGAAGAAUCAGCUGGGGACAGGAUACUACCUGACCCUGGUCAAGAAGGACCCAGAACCCUCACUGGGCUCCUGCAGAGACUCAUCCAGCACCGUGUCCUUCACAAAGAAGGCGGAGAACGGUUCUGUCAGCAGCAGCGACGCCGGGCUGGGCAGCGAACAUGAAAGUGAGGCCACCACCACCGAAAAUGGCCCGGCGGCGUCUGUCUGCGACGUGCCCCUUCCCCUGGUCAACACGUCCCAGGUAUCCAGCCUGAUCCGGCGCCACGUGCCUGCUGCCCGCCUGGUGGAGGAUCUGGGACACGAGCUGACCUACGUCCUACCGUACUCCGCUGCAAAGGACGGAGCCUUUGUAGAGCUUUUCAGGGAACUUGACGACAAGCUGAAUGACUUGAACAUCUCCAGUUACGGUGUGUCCGACACCACCCUGGAGGAGAUUUUUCUGAAAGUGGCUGAAGAUAACGGAGUCGACACCGAGGUGCCCUCAGAUGGUACACUCCCUGUCCGGCGGCGACGGCGGACCCACGCCUUUGGAGGAGGUGACCCUCAGAGCUGCCUGAAACCUUUAACCGACGAGCACAACGACAACGAGUCAGAUGGCGAUCCCGAGAGUCGGGAGACGGACUGGUUGAGGUUUUCUGACGGGAAAGGAUCUGAGAAAGUGAGCGGCUGGAAUCUGAGGAAACAACAAUUUGUGGCUCUGAUGUGGAAAAGAUUUCUUUACGCUCGGCGCUCCAGGAAAGGCUUCUUCGCUCAGAUCGUCCUUCCUGCCGUUUUCGUCUGCAUCGCGCUCGUCUUCAGUCUCAUUGUUCCUCCUUUCGGAAAAUACCCAAGUUUGGAGCUGCAGCCCUGGAUGUAUGAGGACCAAGUCACCUUCAUCAGUGACGACGCCCCAGAAGACGCCAACAUGCAGAAGUUACUCAAUGCUCUUCUGGACCCGCCGGGAUUUGGGACUCGUUGCAUGCUGGGACAUCCCAUUCCAGAGGCUCCUUGCACGAUGGGCGACGAUGACUGGAAUGUCCCGGAAGUCCCGGAAAGCGUCCGGGAGCUGUUCCAGUCUGGGAACUGGACCAUGGAGGACCCGUCCCCGGCGUGCUUUUGCAGCUGUGACGACAAGAAGAAGAUGCUGCCUGACUGCCCCCCAGGAGCCGGAGGUCUGCCUCCUCCUGAGAUGAAGUUGAGCUCAACAGAUGCUCUUCAGAAUCUGACAGGAAGAAAUAUCUCUGACUAUUUGGUCAAAACAUACGCACAGAUCAUUGGAAAGAGCUUAAAGAACAAAGUGUGGGUGAAUGAGUUCAGAUACGGAGGCUUCUCAUUGGGUGCCAGGAGCACUCAGGUCCUCCCGCCAGCCAAUGAGAUUGACGACGCCAUCCAUCGCGUUCGAAAAAUCUUUGAAAUCCCGAAGGGAUCCGCUGCAGAUCGAUUUCUGGACAAUUUGUCAGCUUUCAUCAACGGUUUGGACACCAAAAACAACGUCAAGAUCUGGUUCAACAACAAAGGCUGGCACAGUAUGGGAGCCUUCAUCAACGUGAUGAGUAACGCCAUCCUCAGAGCCAAUCUUCCUGCGGGGAAAGAUGUCAGCCAUUUUGGAAUCCGAGCUUUCAAUCAUCCUCUCAACCUGACCAAGGAACAACUGUCCCAGGUGGCACUUGUCACCACCUCUGUGGACGUCCUGGUGUCCAUCUGCGUUAUCUUCGCCAUGUCCUUCGUUCCGGCGAGCUUUGUGGUCUUCCUCAUUCAGGAGCGCGUCAGCAAGGCCAAACACAUGCACUUCAUCAGCGGCGUGCACCCCUUCCUCUACUGGAGCGCCAACUUCAUCUGGGACAUGUGUAACUACGUUGUCCCGGCAACGCUCGUCAUCCUCAUCUUCGUCUGUUUCCAACAAAAAGCUUACGUCUCAUCCACAAACCUUCCUGUGCUCGCACUGCUGCUGCUGCUCUACGGCUGGUCCAUCACGCCGCUCAUGUACCCGGCGUCGUUCGUCUUCAACAUUCCGAGCACGGCGUACGUCGUCCUCACCAGCGUCAACAUCCUCAUCGGGAUCAACGGCAGCAUCUCCACCUUCGUCAUGGAGCUCUUCGGAGACCACGAGAUUGGAGGAAUCAAUGACAUCCUGAAGAAUGUGCUCCUCAUCUUUCCUCACUUCUGUUUGGGUCGAGGCCUCAUCGACAUGGUGAAGAACCAGGCCAUGGCCGACGCCCUCCAGAGAUUUGGAGAGAACAGGCUGCGUUCUCCUCUGGAAUGGGACAUGGUGGGAAAGAAUUUGUUUGCCAUGGCUGUGGAGGGCGUGGUCUUCUUCAUCAUCACCAUCCUCAUCCAGUACAGAUUCUGUGUCAAACCCAGGCCCGUCAGCAAGCUGACCAAACUGGGAGCGCUGGGAGAAGAAGACGAGGACGUGGCCCGGGAGAGACAGAGGAUCGUCCACGGACUUGGACAUGGAGACAUCCUGGAACUGAGACAACUCACUAAGGUCUUCAAGAGGAAACAGAAGCCAGCAGUAGACCGACUUUGUGUUGGAAUUCCUCCUGGCGAGUGUUUCGGCCUGCUGGGCGUAAACGGAGCCGGAAAGACGACGACCUUCAAGAUGCUAACAGGAGACACGAUGGUGACAAGCGGCGAGGCCUUUCUAGCGGGGAAGAGCAUCCUGCGAGAACUGGACCAGGUCCAUCAGAACAUGGGCUACUGUCCUCAGUUUGACGCCAUCAACGAGCUGCUGACCGGGAGAGAACACCUGGAGCUUUACGCCAUCCUGAGAGGCGUCCCUGGGAAGGAAGUGUGCGACGUGGCAGAGUGGGGAAUCAAGAAGUUGGGUCUGGUCAAGUAUGCCGACAAAGUCGCAGGGAGUUACAGCGGCGGGAACUUGCGGAAACUGUCCACGGCCAUGGCUCUGAUCGGGGCGCCGCCCGUCGUCUUCCUGGACGAGCCGACCACGGGCAUGGACCCCAAAGCUCGCCGCGCCCUUUGGAACUGCAUCCUGAGCGUCAUCAAGGAGGGACGCUCCGUCGUCCUCACGUCGCACAGCAUGGAGGAGUGUGAAGCUUUGUGCACAAGGAUGGCCAUCAUGGUGAACGGCAGGUUCAAAUGUCUUGGCAGCGUCCAACAUUUGAAGAACAGGUUCGGAGACGGCUACACCAUCAUCCUGCGGGUGGCGGGGCCCGACCCGGAUCUGGUUCCCGUGAUGAAGUUCAUCGAGAGCGAGCUGAGCGGAAGCACGCUGAAGGAGAAACAUCGCAACAUGCUUCAGUACCAACUGCCCUCCUCGCUCAGCUCGCUAACGCACAUCUUCUUCAUCCUGGCCAAGAACAAACACGCCCUGAAGAUUGAAGACUACUCGGUCUCGCAGACCACACUGGACCAGGUGUUCGUGAACUUUGCCAAGGACCAAAGCGACGACUAUCACUCAAAAGAUGCGUCUGUGCGGCGCCGAGACGUCCUGGUAGACGUCCCCGCCCUCUGCCACAGUCAGGCGGACAGCACCACAGAGAGCGUCAUGUGACCGCGUCAUUUGCACUUGGCUGUCACCACACGACGUGGUGGGCGGAGUCAGACGCCUCAAGCCACUCAAUGCAAAUGAUCUCCUGCGGAGGCGUGGCCUGCUGCCUGUCGCGGAUUUCAAAUGAAAAAAACUUGAAGCGGUGCCGGCGUGUGUCCGCCAUCUUUUUUUUAAUGUUUUUAAAUCGUGUUGAUGAAGAGUCUAAAUCAUUUCAAAUCAACUUCCUUUUAUUUAUCUUUCAUUUCCUGUUUUUUGCUUUAACCGCCAAUCAAAGUGUUGAUUUUUUGACAGAUGUGUCCAAAUACCUCACCAGUUGUUUUUUAAAGUCCACAUUAGAAAGCGAACCAAAAAAGAAAUACAAUCUCUUAAAAUGUGACACAAUACUGUUACAACAAUAAAAUCAAACAAAUCGACUGACUGGACUCUUAUUUUGAAGAAGCCACACUAAUGAGCAAACAGUUUUUGGAUCAUGCUGACGUGAAGCAUGUUACCUUCAGGAGUCACAUG